AUGAAUGAAGAAAAUACAGAUGGAACAAAUGGAUGCAGUAAAGUCCGAACUGGUACUCAGAAUGAAGCAGCAUUACUUGCUUUGAUGGAAAAGACUGGAUACAACAUGGUUCAAGAAAAUGGGCAAAGGAAGUUUGGUGGUCCACCUCCAGGUUGGGAAGGUCCACCUCCACCUAGAGGCUGUGAAGUUUUUGUAGGAAAAAUACCUCGUGAUAUGUAUGAAGAUGAGUUAGUUCCUGUAUUUGAAAGAGCUGGGAAGAUAUAUGAAUUUCGACUUAUGAUGGAAUUUAGUGGUGAAAAUCGAGGUUAUGCUUUUGUGAUGUAUACUACAAAAGAAGAAGCCCAGUUAGCCAUCAGAAUUCUUAAUAAUUAUGAGAUUCGACCAGGGAAGUUUAUUGGUGUGUGUGUAAGCUUGGAUAAUUGCAGAUUAUUUAUUGGAGCUAUUCCAAAGGAAAAGAAGAAGGAAGAAAUCUUGGAUGAAAUGAAGAAAGUUACAGAAGGAGUUGUAGAUGUCAUUGUUUACCCAAGCGCAACUGAUAAGACCAAAAAUCGCGGUUUUGCAUUUGUUGAAUAUGAAUCUCACAGAGCUGCUGCUAUGGCUAGGAGAAAACUAAUUCCAGGAACCUUCCAACUAUGGGGCCAUACCAUUCAGGUAGAUUGGGCUGACCCAGAGAAAGAGGUUGAUGAGGAAACCAUGCAGAGAGUUAAAGUUCUCUAUGUACGAAAUUUAAUGAUCUCAACUGCAGAGGAAACAAUUAAAGUAGAAUUCAGUAAAUUCAAACCUGGUGCAGUUGAACGAGUAAAGAAACUUAGAGAUUAUGCUUUUGUUCACUUUUUCAACCGAGAAGAUGCAGUGGCUGCUAUGUCUGUUAUGAAUGGAAAAUGCAUUGAUGGAGCACGUAUUGAGGUAACACUGGCAAAACCUGUAAUUAAAGAAAACACUUGGAGACAGCAUCUUAAUGGUCAGAUUAGCCCCAAUUCGGAAAACCUGAUUGUGUUUGCUAACAAAGAAGAGAGCUACCCCAAAAUUCUAGGCAAGCCACCAACUCUUCCAGCUCGACUCAAUGGCCAGCAUAGCCCAGGCCUCCCUGAAAUUGAAAGAUGCACUUACCCACUUUUUCCUGGAACAAAGCUUACUCCAAUUAGUAUGUAUUCUUUAAAAUCCAGUCAUUUCAAUUCUGCAGUAAUGCAUUUGGAUUAUUACUGCAACAAAAAUAAUUGGGCACCACCAGAAUAUUAUUUAUAUUCAACAACAAGUCAAGAUGGGAAAGUACUCUUGAUAUAUAAAAUCGUUAUUCCUGCUAUUGCAAAUGGAUCCCAGAGUUACUUCAUGCCAGACAAACUCUGUACUACUCUGGAAGAUGCAAAGGAACUGGCAGCCCAGUUUACAUUACUUCAUUUGGACUACAAUUUCCGUCGCAGCUCAAUAAAUAGUCUUUCCCCUGUUAGUGCUACCCUCUCUUCUUGGCCUCCCAGCCUGCUUCCUUACACUUCAAGGCCUUAUUCUUAUCCAGGCUAUCCCUUGUCACCAACAGUAUCACUUGCUAAUGGCAGCCAUGUUGGACAGCGGCUAUAUAUCUCCAAUCAAGCCUCAUUCUUCUGA